AUGCAACGUGCCUUGAUGUGCUCGGCUGUUGUCGACGCAAGGAAGCGCACUGGAAUACUUUGUCCCCAGGACGGCUGGCCCCCGGAUUAUCCAGAUGCCACACCCACUUUGCCUCCUCCUGUCAGGGACACCGUGAGCGGGGCCAGAAACAUUGCCGAGACGUCAAGGAAACAUCGCGAGCACAAGGCCGCCCAUGUGCAGUCGAUCCCGCACUCUGUCCCAAAGGGCUCUGCCGAAGCGGCAGACUCUGCACGUGUGACGCCCGACCAAGUGACUGGCUCCCAGAGAGGAAAUCCGCGUCCUGGAGUCAUCUCGCUGUUCGUCGCAAAUGCAGCUGUCCAUGCGGCCAUGAAAGCUCGAGGCCAAGGAGUCGAUAUAUUUUGCCCAAGACUGCAUCGUGCUGAGGGAUGUUUUGGUCUUCAUCAGCACCCAUCAGGCGGAGCACGGGUGCUUCAAGGCCUCAGCACUGAAUAUUUCGCCCGUCAUGUACUCGCACAACCCGGAAAGACUGUGGCCCGCCUGGAGAGAUGCUCCUGGCGCACAGGCAGGAUCGUGAGCUCGGCGCUUGCUUCUCUUUGUGCACUGGGUAUGCCCACUGGCUACAGUACGUCAUCAGGAUCAGAGCCGCUCGCACAAGCGUUUGCUCCCUUGCGUGGAACAAGUGAGGACCAUUAG